AUGGAUCAGAUGCCCAGCAGAGGGGUGAUCUCGCUGACGAGCGAACUGGAUCAGGACCCGGCAGGUGGUAAACCUCAGGUGUUUGACUGGUGUCCACCUCAACCGCAGUAUCUGCAUCUGACCAGCAGGGGGCGACACAACACGUCACACAGUCAAUCUGCAGCUGCUUCGUCCCUCCAUCCUCUCGUCCCUCUCCUCCUCUACAGCGACCGACACUUCCCUCAGUCCUCCCCGUACAGCCAGCCAAUCACUGCACCUGGUCCACAGGUAGACGCCAGCUCCAGGACACACCCCUGUUACUAUGACAACAGCGUCACCAGCAGACCGCCUGUGAAGAAGCCUCUGAACGCCUUCAUGCUCUACAUGAAGGAGAUGAGACACAAAGUGCUUCAGGAGGGACGAGAGAGAGAGAGCGCCGCCAUCAACCGCAUCCUGGGACGAAGGUGGCACGCCCUGUCGCACUCUGAACAGUCCAAAUACUACGACCUGGCCCAGAAGGAGAGACUGCUUCACAUGCAGCUCUACCCUGGAUGGUCCGCCAGGGACAACUACGGUAAAAGGAAGAGGAAGCAGAGCCAGCAGGCCACAGGAAGCUGCACCAGCAACCUGAUCGGAUGAGACUCCUGAAGAGACAACUGUCGUAUACACUCGUCCUCCUCAUCCAGUCAAAUACAGUGAGGUCACAAAUCCAGUUCAGCAUUGAAAGACCGAUUGACUUGCAGCCAUCACACAAUUGGUCAGACCUCUUUACAGCACUGACCUGUAUCUUUCUUCUGUAAAAAUUGACAGUCGAGACAGACGACCCCCCACCUAGAGCCGGAGGAUCUGUCCUAGGUUUCUGCCUCUUAACAGGCAGUGUUUCCUUGCCCUUGUCUCCAAGGUCUUGCUCAUGGUGGUACUGUUGGGUCUCUGUAAUUAAUGUUGUAAAGAGUUCGGUUUAGACCUGCUCUAUUUGAAAAGUGUCCUGAGAUAACUUCUGUUAUGAAUUGGCGCUAUACAAAUAAAAUUGAAUUUAAUUGAAAUUAAAUUAAAUCUUUAUUAACUGUCUCUGAAAGACAAUUAGUGUUAAAUAAUUGGACUAAAACGUAUUAAAUAAAGUUUAAUACUAAUAUCAUUAUUGUUACUAUUGUUUGAAUCAAAUACAGUACAGACCUCUGACCUGUAUCUACAGCACUGACCUAUAUAACAGUAUUGUUACUAUUAUUCAAUUAAAAUAAACAGCACUGACCUCUG